AUGAAUUAUGACGACAAUAACUUGGGAGUGUAUAAAGAAAUCGAGCAAGCCAGGAUAGAAUCGUUUCUUCUUUUUACCUCAUCGCAAAAUUUAUACGCACCCUCCCAUCAUACUCUAAUUUCAAUAUAUCAUAAUGCGAGUAAUGCCAUAAAUACCGAACAGAAUGCCGCAGCCUUCUUGUAUAGGUGGCAAUCGUCCGUCACCUGGUUCGACGUGAGGAAUACGGUUAUUGGAAAUGUGAAGAUUGUGACUCCGACUUGGAAAAACCAAAACUUGCCAGAAUUGCAAUUUUAUAACGAGUUUUCGUUUGUAUCCGCAUUCAAUAUCGAUAAAUUCGGACAUCGUUCCUAUCAUGGAGAUUAUCGUUCACCUACAAUGGAGCAAAUACUAUCGAGUGUUUGGCGAAUGGAAAUGCUCGAGCUGUCAAAGAGGGUGGGUAAGCGCUUAUACUUGGAUGUCGGUCCAAAAGUUUAUCGAGGAAAUCGAAGGACCACAAAAUCGGAGAGAGCUCUCCGCCACAUAAAAGACACUUAUGUGAAAAGUGUAAGAGCGGUGAGCUUUGUGCUCCCACCGGCUAUUACUUGGGCCGUAAGAAGUUGA